GGCUGUUUUUUUUUGUCUGAAGUGCAGGUUAUAUACAGCCCAAACUGCUAUUCCUCCCCUCCAUACCUGCUGUAUCUGCUCUGUUACCUCUUGCAUGUGCAGAAAUGAAUCCCCUGGGCAUCACUGUGGUUCUGGUUCUGUUGGUGGGUGUGUGGGCUCAGGUCAAUGUUCUGCAUCCUGACUGUGACUCCCCUGAGGUAGAGGAGGCCGCUCUGGUAGCUCAGGAUUACCUCAAUGCUCAGCACAGUCAUGGCUACAGAUACGCGCUGAACAGGAUCGAGGACAUCAAAAUCUAUACCGACCCUGCUGGAGACAACACCUAUGUCAUGGAAGUUGACCUCCUGGAGACAGACUGUCAUGUGUUGGAUCCUACCCCUCUUGCCAACUGCACAGUCAGACCUAAAAGACUGACGGCGGUGGAAGGUGACUGCGAUGUGGUGCUGAAGAAGGUUGGGGGAGCUCUUUCUGUCACAGCCUUCAAAUGUGAAUCAGAAGCAUCAACAGAGGACAUGUGCCUGGGCUGUCCUACUCUCCUUCCCCUGAACGACACUGCAGCUCUGGACUUUGUCCACGCUUCCUUAGUAACGGUUAACAAUGCCACUGUAGAUGAGACUUUCACUCUUCUAGAAGUUGGGCGGAUGUCCUCACAGGUGGUAUCUGGCGGGCCGAUCUAUUCAGCAGAAUAUGUCAUAGUUGAAGCUCAAUGCUCUAAUGAUACCUGCAUACCCUUGAGUGAUGUGGCGGCUGCACGCGGCUUUUGUUCCGCCCAAGGUCUGACUGCUGACCACACAGUGAACUGUAGGAUGUUUGCUACUCUGAUGCCUAUUGUAGAUGCUAACAGCACAGCGACUGCAGCUCCUGCAGUGCCACCGAUGGUCCAUGUGCAUACAGGCAACCUGUCACCCAAGCAUGGUCUGAGAUUCCACAAACUGACGGCGAUACAUAACCCUCAGCAAAGUGGCCACCUGUCUGCAGAAUCAGCAGAAUCAGGAGAGUCAUUUGAAAUGGUAUCCACAGUCGAAUCAGGGGCUGAUGUAAUAGUACCAGUUCUUGAUCCAGCUGGGGCUUCUCUGGCUCCUUCUGUUCCUGCUCCAAGUGCUGCUGUUCCUGCUCCAACCGUUGCCGCUGAACCAAAUGCAGCUGAUCCAGCUCCAGCUGAUCCUGCUCUAGCUGAUCCUGCUCCAGCUGAUGACAGUAUGUCUGCUUCAGAUGCUUCCAACAGUAAAGAGGACCUCCCCAUUCUGUUUAAGAGAGAUGUUAGUGCUGUAUCUAUUCCUGUAAAUCCCAGUGAUACCAUUGUUUUUAAGCAGCUGUGCCCAGGAAGGAUCAGAUUCUUCUAGGUAGCCAGGCUCCACAGACUCUGGUCCAUGUGUAACUUAUGACUUGUUGAUACAUAAACAUGUCCUUCAAUAAGCAAGUUUAACACCAAUAAAGUUUUUAAAACCUUAAACAAAAUACAUAUUCAUACAUACACAACUAUUUUACAGUUGUAUCAUCAAACUGGGCAAUAUGAAUUGUGGAAAAAUGUGUAAAAUAAAUAAUAAAGAUUUGCAUGUGUUGCUGUUGAA